GUAUCCUUUAUCACUAGUAUAUCUGAUUGACCUCCUUUGGCCAGUUGAGGCCUAAUGUUUUUAUUUAUUAAAAUUAAAGUAGUAGUAGUAGUAGAGCAUAUCUAUGUUCCCAGGGUCCUAUGUUCCCCAUAUUUAUAUGGCACAUAAUGAACACGACAGACUACGUUCAACGUCACUAACUGCUGUAUUAUUACUAACUUCCAUGUUAUACAUUUAGUUCUACUGUUCUGUGUUGCACGCGUUCUAACGUGAAAGAGACAAAAUAUCAACGUUAUUUUUUAGUAAAAAAUAAUUUUUUAACAUGUUGAUGGUUUUGUAACUAUAUUCUGAUCUAUCUACAAAUAGCCUACUCUCUCUUUAAGACUGCAAACCUUCUCUACACGGAACCGAGUAUGUAGUAUGUGUUUCUACCCGGAUCUUUCACGAAUUGCACAUAGUACGCUUGAAAAAUUCUUUAGCGGGCCAAGAAAUCCACGGAGGGGUCGAUCGAUAAAACGACGCGUGUAGUUUAUUUGUGUAUUUGGGGAAGUAAAGAUUGUGAAAUAUAUCCUACUUUCUUGUCUUCUGCAACAAAGCAAACAUCAUGGAGGUGGAAGACCCCAUAUCUGCCAAAUUUCGGACUAUCAUUGAGGGACUCAUGAUAAAGACAACGUCAGAUAUUGUGAAGGUUUUUGCUGACGUCAUGUUGGAGACGAGAAUGGAGAUCUCGCGUAGCUGGAGGGAAAUUGAUGACCUGAAGCAGGAGUUGGAACAGAGAGAAAAACAGCGCGCAGAGUCCAGUUUCAGAAGUCAAACAUCUCAAGUAACUUUCAAAACAGAAGCGGAUGACGUGAUGGUGUCCCAGCAGAGUCCCAUGAUUCUUGAAAGUACAGAAAGCAGGGGUGAAGUGCAAAUAUCUGAAGAUGCCACAGUUGAGGAAACGGACACCAGACAGGACAGCAUAUCAGUUCUUCAAAAAGCUACUCCAGAAAUUACAACAACUGAAACAUCUGUCCCAGAGGCACAGGUGACUCAGUUAGAAAGUAGACGUAAAAGAGGUCGUCCAUCUGCAUCUCAUACAGUCUCAGAGCAUCAAACAUCCGCCACAGAGACCAAAGUGUUGUCAAACUCUCUGAUACAAGCUCUUUCAGUGGUCAGCCCCCAGGAACCAUCUUCUAGCACAGACUUUAUCAUUCUGAGUAAAAGAUCACAGGGAAAAAGUUCAGUGUCAUCAAAGAAAAAAUACAUGCAAAAAACAAAUUCUGCCACACAAAGCCACAUUGUAACACACGCACUCCGUGACAGGCACCUCCUGAGUAGCCAGAAACCUUGCCUGUGCUGCACUUCAGACAAAAGCCCAGAGCAACAAAACAAGCCAAAAGCUAAUUUACCAGUGGCUUCAUGUGUGUAUACCUGUAUGGAAUGUGGGACAAAGUUUCAGGAAAGGACAGAGUUUAAGAGCCACAAGUGCUCCAGCAAGCUUAAGUGCAGCAGGUGUGGACAGACGUUCACCAGUCUGAGGACUCUGGCCAGUCAUCGGGGUGUACCCCCUGCAUUGAAGAAGCCAUUCCCAUAUAAGUGCUACCUCUGUGAUCACAUGUUUGCUACUCGGUGUGGCUGGAACAUACACAAACGGAUCCAUGCCCAUGGUCAUGUUUCUGACAUUGCCCAAGACAGGCCCAGUCCCUCCCAUUCAUUUCCAGUGCCCGGAGAAUUAAAGGCCAAAGUGGAGGUUCGCUUGGAGAGAAUUUCAGAGGCUCAGUUGGAAGCUGCAUUAUUUCCUAAAGGCCCCUUGUUGCUACAUGAUAAAAACAGUGUGAGCUCUGUGGGGCCAUCCAAGAACCUGUCCUCAGUUGUAGAACCAACACCAUCUACAGGGAGCUCUAAUAAACCAUCUGCUGGUACAACCAUGAAUGGACCCAUGUUAAGUAAGGAAUCUGAAUCUAACAGCUGUACAGAUCUUGUCAUGGAAUGCCAGGCUUCCAGUUCAGGGACUGAAUCAAGUGAAAGUGUGAGGCAGUCAGAUGAUGGGACAGAAGAUUCAGUUUUUCCAACUGCCUCUAGCAAAAAACAGCCAUCAGAAAAGUGGACCCAAUCAAAGUUGAUUGCACGUAGAGUUGACAGUGUGGAGUGUGAUGAAGGUUCAUCCAGCGCAAGUGAUGAAUUACCAAAAGGAUUAAAUUCACUUUCAAGGAAAAGGAAAAUGUCAGAUUGCAAUCAUGACGUAUACAAUGGCGUGUUUCCUGUUGAGAAAAUUCUUAGAUGGAGAAAUACAAAGGGUCGAAAUGAAGUCAGAAUCAAGUGGAUGCCUUGCUCAUUAUGUGGGGCAAAAUGGAAAAACACAUGGGAGCCAGCUGAAAGCUUUAUCUCUUUUAAGGAUGGCAAAAAUGAAGAAAUUGGAAACACAGACAAACAGCAUUAAAAUGUGUGGCGACAUUUUAUGUUUGUGCCAUAUGGUUUAGGAACUGAGAAUGUUUGUAGAUCUACUGAUUUUAUAUUGAGUUCUGAGCUUUGUGUUUGGGCACACAAAAGGAAAGAACUUGAUUCUAGAUAAGUAGUACCAUGGGAUAUGUUAUUUUACUGACAUGGUACAGCACAAAUGCUACUGCAUGCUCUGUUGAAACUUUCAGUGCUGUUUAGCAAAAUCAUUGCAUUGGUCUUAUGUUUGCUAAUUUUUGUAAACAGAUAAAUGAUGUAGUAAGAGCAGCUUGUCUAACAUCCUAAUGUAUGUAAAGGAGUAAUUAAUUAAGAUAAAAAAUACCUAAUUAAGAUUAAAUGAAAUUGUAUACAAAGCAAAUAGCAAAUGAGACAGGUCUUGCAGCAGAGAAUCCUGGAUCUAUACUGCAUAUUUCAUAAUCUGUACUUUUCUACUCACCAGGAAAUCAUAUAAUCUGUGCAACACCCGUAAGUAAAGAUACAGAGUAAUUGCAAGCAUACAGGUGGCAAGAUCCACAUUUUCUCAGUUCAUUUGUUGGUUUACUGCACCACAACAAAGCUGGUUUGGUUUCUUUGUGGUAAGAAUCCAGUUUGCAUGUGCAUCAUGCCUUAAGGCUACUUGGGGGGGGGGGAAGGAAAUCUCACAAUGUGGGCAAUAUGAGUAGGCUGCAUCAACUAAUAAAAGGAUUUUGUGUUAUAAAUAAAAGAGCAUUUCUGAAUUCAACUAUGAAGUUAGCAGUAUUAAACUUGGUUGUACCGUCAAUGGUGUCCUCAGCAUUGGCUAUGUUUAAGAUGAUUAAUUUCUUUUUGCAGUACUUGGGGAAAGCAUUGUAUUACAUGGUUUUAUUGUGCAAGUUGCUUUGGGUGAAUGGUUUAAUAUUGAAUGCUAUUACUGUUCAUCAUAAGGUAUUUGAUCUCUAUGAAUUAAGAGUAAUACAUGUUUGUGUUUUAAAACGUUGAGUAGUAAGUGAUCAACAUUACCGAAAUUCAACUGUAAAACCAUCCUGUUUUGUCCUUUUAAAUCCUAAGAGCAUUUUUAAAUAAAUAAAAAAAAAAAUCAGUUGAUCUAAUGGCAGUGCUUACGUGUCGCUGCACCUUAGUAAAAAAUAUAAAAAUAUAUUUAUAUACAUUACCGAAUGUUCAUCUGUGGGGUUUUUUCAUGUCAAUUUUUAAAGAUUUUGUUCUUUUUUUUUAAUUGCUUGUUGGUUUAUUUUUUUUUUGUUUUUAGCAAGUUAGCUAACGUCUUUGCUGAUCUAUGCUGAUUCUGAACAGAAUGUCAGAUUGAAAUGUACUCCCUGGUCUAGUCUAAUAUGUUAUUGUUCAAUAUCUUCAACUUGUGAAACUGAACAAGCAUAUCCUGUAGCACAAAAUUUCAUGUUAUGAAAACUAUAAAAAUGUAUCUUCACUCUUCAUUUUAUGGAAAAUAGUGCCUCUUUUCUGUGAAAUUAUCUAAAUGUUACCCUGAGUUUUUGUGAAGUGGUUGCGGGUAUCUUUGUAGCUAUAUGCCAUCUUUACUGCCUGUAGUACUUCAGUUGAUGCUUGGCAAAAAUGUUGACAAAUUGCCAUGUUUGUAAGGCACUAGUGUGAGAGAAUGCACGAUUAUAAUAAAGUUCCAAAUUCAAAUUGGAUGCCUCUCUCCCAUUGCUUCUGAGGUUUGCAUGUAGUAC